AUGAAAACUGUAAACAAUAAUUUUAUCGUUUUGCUUAUAAUUUAAGUAAUAAUCAAAGUUGGAAUAGCUAGUUCCCUUUGCGGUAAUGGAUGCUAAGAUUGUUUUUCAAACCUAACAUAGAAUACUUGUUUGCAAUGCUUACAAGGAUACACAUUAACAAACAAUAUUUGCCAAUAUUAAUAAUGUAAACCAAAUCAAUUCUUUUAAGUUGAUGAUUAAUAAGAUAAUAGUUCUUUUGGUAAUUGCCUCUCUAUCUGUAAACCUCUUUAUGAUAUAGACUACGCAACAAAUACAUGUUAAGAAUAAAUUCAAUGCUCUUCAUCCUACUCUACACAAUUUAACAUUCAAAGUAUUGGAACUCCUUUAGAUUUUUUUAUUUUCUAAAAAACGUAUUAUGUUGCUCUUUAAAUUGGAUACCUAUCUCUUUACAAUAUUGAUGGAUUAUAUCUUAUCAAGAACUUAAAUUAUAUUUAAGGAGAUUUAAAGGUUUUUAACAUGAAUGGAUUUGUCUUUGUCAUAACUUAAACUUACUAAAUCAUCAUUUGGGAUAUAAUAAACGAAAAUAGACUGAUAAUUUGCUCUAGCCUUGAAAAAUUCUGGAACAGCAAAUUUGCUCAUCUUUUAAUUAAGUUUUCAAAAUGA